AUGUCUAAUAUGCGGGUUUGUGGCGAUUCUCUACACCAUUACACGAGUGAUUUGAAGCUAUUGGGCGUUACCGGAGCGCCGCUCAACUUGGUUGACUUGUCGGAGAAGGGCGUCAAGUUCGUACCCACGCUAGAGGAUGUCGAGUCGAUGAACACACUUGUACACGUGCUGGUGGUGGUUCCCCCUCCCGACGAGACGACAUCACCAUACGUAUACAACGGCUUCGAGAACUCAAAAGCUGAAAAAGCAAUUUUGGUGAAGAAAUAUAAAUGUGAUUGCGGGAGAAACAAGAACGACGACGCCAUGUUGCUGUGCAUGGUGAUGAAUGUCGCUCUACCGAGCACCGUUGUGAUCGCAUCACACAUUUUCCGACGAGAACACGAUCAUCUUAAAGAACACUUUGUGCAAAUCGCUGAUAUUGACGAUGUGAGAAAUUGUUCAAACCGAUCGAAAGCGCCUUCGAUGAUCUCGACAUUUCGUUUCUUGUCGACAAGCACGAUCGGUUCACUUUAA